AUGCAGCUCCUAAGACAUACCGCCCGCAGCGCCCUCCGGACCUGCGACACUCCCCUUGCCAAUGGUAUUCGGAUCGCGCCGUUCAAGCAACCCUUCGCAGCCGCCGUUGCCCCCUUCUCCACGUCUCGUAACAGACCUGCCAAGAACCAGAUCUACGCAUCUGUCCGACGUCCCGAUGACUUCCAUACCUACCAGCUCCUCUCGUCCUCCUCUCGAACACCUCUGAUAACCCUGUGGACCACAUCCUGGUGCGGGACGUGUCGAGUCGUGGCGCCUCUAAUUCGAUCCAUUGUGGAAUCCGGCGUGGGUGAGGCUGAGGGCGGUGUCGGUUACUGCACGGUCGAGUUUGACUCUCCCGACGUCAUGAGCGGGGGGCUGGGCAUGACCUACAUGAUCACGUCGAUCCCGACGCUGUUGAGCUUCGACAACCAAGAAGCCCAGAUCCAGACAAAGGUUCACGACGCGAAAAAGUUGACGGACCGCGCCUUCCUCGAAGAAUGGAUCAGGACCGAGGCGAGGCGGCACGGGCAGCGCGGAGGCGGCGGGGGAUCCGGCGGCGUCUUCGGCGGGCUAUUUGGCGGCUUCAAAUGA